GAAUGAAUGAGAACUCGAGAAUCUUGGACAAAUUCUGUCAUACCAACAAUAAUGGCCGCUGUGCGCAGACUAGGAGUCAUAUUUAGGAGUUUGUCGCUGUCGUCAGCUACACGGAAUGCGCUUUUUCGUUCUCCGGUGAAGGAUAAGCGAUGCAUACGCCGAGGAAUAGCGGUUGCUGUGGGCGUUUCGGCCGGAGGAGCGGUGUUGUAUUAUUAUUAUACAGAAAUGUGCGGAUUCCGAGGGAGGAAAGCCCCGAUAAAUGGGAUAAGCUGUCGGGCUCUGCUGCCUUCACUACCCGCUGUAGCCGCCAAGGAGAAGGCUCCACUGUUUGAUUUUGAUGAAAGUGACGUGUACAUGUCGUCUCAUGAGCAUCGUUUCCGUCUCUUCAGCUCAGUGGAGUAUGAGGGACAGCUGUACAUGACUCCUCAGAACUUCAUCGAGUCGGUCACCAUGAGCGAACCCCGCAUAAGGAAACCUUGGAGGUCCCUCACCAAACAGGAGCUGGAGAAGAUCUUGUCUGACACUCCACCAGUGUGGAAAGGAACAUCUAAACUGUUCCGGAACCUUCGGGAACGAGGCAUCAUCGCUUACACGGAGUAUCUCUUUCUGCUCUGCAUUCUGACAAAGCCUCAUGCAGGCUUUAAGAUUGCUUUUAACAUGUUUGAUGCUGACGGUAACCAGAUGGUGGAUAAACGGGAAUUUCUCGUGUUGCAAGAAAUCUUCCGAAAGAAAAAUGAGAAAAAAGGAAGAAAGGGGGAUGCUGAAAAAUCUGCUCAACUAAGUAUGCAGCUCUAUGGAUAUCAGGUUGCCCCCGUAAACAGCGUGCUAAAAAAAGAGAGUCAGGAGUUUGUGCCCAGGAGCUACUGGGACAUGCUGAGACGUGGCGCGAGCCAAGCCCUGUUUUCUGACCUGGCAGAGGAUUUUAAGCUAGAGCGUGCCGAUGAGAACAUGAUGAUUGACACCACUCUGCUUGUGCACUUCUUUGGCAAGAAGGGGAAGGCGGAGCUAACAUUUGACGACUUCUACAGAUUUAUGGAUAAUCUGCAAACUGAGAUGUUGGAGAUUGAGUUCCUGACCUAUUCCAAAGGCAUGACCACCAUCAGUGAGGAGGACUUUGCACGAAUCUUGCUGCGCUACACUAACGUAGAAGAUAUCCGCAGCUAUCUGGAGAAUGUGCGGCAGUGCAUACCUGAUGAGAAGGGCAUCACCUUUGAAGAGUUCAGGUCUUUCUUCCAGUUCCUCAAUAACCUCGAAGACUUUGCCAUUGCCAUGCAGAUGUACAACUUUGCCUGUCGUUCCAUUGGACAAGAUGAGUUUGCUCGGGCAGUGUAUGUUGCAACAGGACUUAAGCUGACCCGUCACCUCGUCAACACCAUCUUCAAGAUAUUUGAUGUGGAUCACGAUGAUCAGCUCAGUUACAAAGAGUUCAUUGGUAUCAUGAAGGACCGGCUGCACCGUGGAGGCAGGGGCUAUAAGACUGUAGAGCGUUUUACUUCAUUUAGAUCAUGUCUGAAGAAGGAAUUGGCAGGCAGCAGGUGAAUGACAAUCAGAGACAUGGCUUUUCUUUCUCUGGAAAUGUUUGAGAGAGAAGACAUAGUGUUAGAGAUUCCAUCAUGAAAUCUACCUCCUCCUCUUCUGAUUUUGAAACCUUGGGAAACUCUGAUUGGGAUAGUCUCUCUGCAACCAGCGCUCUGCACUGCAUGUUCUAGUAUCUGCACAGGCCUGCAUGAUCAAACUUUAUUCUGUAAUCAGCUAUUAAUCUAUUAAUAAUUUGCAUGUAACCUGUAGGAUGGCAUAUCUCUCUGCUGUGUAUCUGAAUUUCAGCUGGUACAAUUUUUGUAUGUUUUGAAGUUGCACAUGGGUGUCGUGGCAAAGUAAAUAGAUUAUUUUCAUGCAUUUUUAAUAGAAAUGUUUUAAGCAAGAUGAGUUACUCAUUGUGGCCUUUUAUUCAUUAUAUUUAUACUAUAUUAUGUUGCAUCAUACCAUACAUUUAAUUAUGCCACACUCUCCUUUUCAAAAGGUACAUGUUUUUACCUAAAGGGUCCAUUUUGGUACCUUAAAGGUACAUAUUAGUACUUAAAGUGCACAUAUUUAAACCUAAUAGGUACAAAAGUGUACCUUUUGAAAAGGUACCGCCCCAGUGACAGCUUUUGUACCUUUAUUUCUGAGAGUGCAAUUACAAACAAAGCUAUAUUUUUCCAUUUUCAGGAAUGUUUAAAUAUAGCUACCGAAUCAUAUUGUGUGAAAACAGUAAUACAUUUUGGUAAUAGGCUUCCAAAAUCAUAAAUUGGGUUUGAAAGAGAUUAUGUAGCUCACAAUAAAGCCCAAUAAUGAGCAUUGCCUUAAUCUAAAAUUGUUAUUUUCUCACACUAUUUAUUUUUGAACAGGUAUGAGUGUACAAAGAUUGUUCAAGAUUGACUUGCCAUCUGAGGCAAUUAACAAGAAGUCUAAGCACGCUUUUUAAGACUGUACUGUAAUGCAAGCACUUAACAAAUACAGACUUGAAAUUCCAUAUUAUGCAAGUCAAUAAAGUGGUUUUAAUAUGCAAACUCUGUGCUUCAGAAAUGAUUAUAUUGAUCUAUCUAUAUAUAGUUAGCUAUCUCUGUGUCGUACGUGGUCGCUUGUCAAGCAUGAAAAACAAGUUUUAUUUCAAUUCUGAAUAUAUUAUAGUAUACAGCAUGCAAAGAGCACUCCCUUUAAAAUUAUUAAAAACUGUCAUUCAUCACGAUCGUACAAAGUCCCGUUUUAACCAAUGAAUGUGACCACACAAUGAAUGAAGCUUUUAUUUAUUUAUUUUUUAUGAAGUUAUGAGCAUGAUAGAACUCGGCGCAGGACAAAAAAAGCGGUGAGUGCGUGGAUUCCAACCUAAACACCUCUGAUUGGCCAUUGCGUUGUAGAAAUAAACAAACAGGUCUGUGAUUGGCUACUUUGUUCACCUCUGCGAAAAUCCAUUGUAAAAUCAUUUGACGCUUUCCAAAGCAGAAGAUACACUGGAUACACUGGACUGUUUGCCAAAUCUAUUUCGUUAUGCUAUUAUUACGAAGAAAACAGAUCCUAGAGCAGGAGUUAUGGGCAGUUUUUCCAUCUAAAAACAAUCAGUUAGACUAUAUCCAGCCCAUACAUGCUAAACUAAAGUCCAGCUGACUAUAUCCAGCCCAUAUGAAGACUUCAGAUGACCAGCACCUGUGAAGAGAUGACACCCUUGAGAGGACUUCAGAUAAAGCUGACUCUGAAUAAACAUACAAAACUGCUACAUUUUCCUUUCAUUGUAAUCAACAUGAUCAAAUCCUGUAACCAUUGCUUUAAUUUGUUCAUUGUUUCUGAAUACAUGGUAUUACUUAACUGCAUGAUUUGUAUAGCCUAAUUUUAGAACAUUUCUGCCAUAUGAACAUUACUUUGCCACCGUUACACCUGUUAACAGAACUCUUAUUUGUAAUGUAGAAACAUACAUUUUCUGUAAUGCUGCUUUGAAACAAUGUUUAUAAUAAAAAAGUGCUAUACAAAUAAAUGUGAAUUGAACAAAACUUGAUGCAUAAUUUUUCUCCUCUCCAUGAAACCAUACAUUCAUACUCCUUUCUGUGAGUGACUGGAGCGCUCCCAUGCAGCACAGCAAACUAUAGUGGAGACUGUUCAAGGACAGCAUGCUUUAUAGCAUGUAAAUAAGUGCAUAACAAAAGUUAACAUACAUAAGAUAUAUGAUUAAAUGGGUAAAAAUGUUUUAAGUUAUUUUACAUUUGAAUAUACUACAAAUAUAUAUUUAUAUAUUAAUAAUGGAGAGGUGCACAAGAAUCAAAAACAUUAAACGAGAUUAAUUCCAACUUAAUCUUAAAAUAUCUUCACUUAUUUGGAAUGAAUUUUCAAAGACAACAAACUUAACAUAUACCAUGAGAUUAAUAAAACGACAAUGAACAUUAAGAUGUGAUUGCACUUGACUAACAUACAAGUUGUUAGAACACAUACACACAUAAUUAUAUUUAUAGGCUGAAGUUACUUGGUAAAAGACCACGAUGUCGUUUAUAUAGCAAACAUGGACUUUUACCAUGGUAACGUCAACCUAAAAUAUGUUAACAUGGCAGGUAAGGAUAGCUGACCACAUUAAUCCUCAAAUAUUAGCGGAUUUUAUCUUUUAAAAACAACAGUGAUACAACUACAU